GACCUGAAGUACUGAAUGAAGGUGGCCUCGGGCCAGGAACAAACCUGGCCCUCCAACAACCCCCGUCCCCGCCCCCACGAAGGGGGAGGAGCGACGGCUGCAAGGGAGCCUCCCCCGGGCUUUGUGAGCGCCUGGAAUCCAGCUGUCGCCGCCCCUCAGAGCCCCCUGCACCCCAAGGGCGCACAUUUCCGGGCCGCCCACCACCCGGAUCGCGUCCGGAGCCGCUGCGCCCGCAGAGCCCAGAGCUGCUCCUCUCCGCUCGUGACCGACCCGCCCCAGUAGCCCCCCGAAAUGCCGGUCGACUUCACCGGGUACUGGAAGAUGCUGGCCAACGAGAAUUUCGAGGAGUACUUGCGCGCGCUCGAUGUCAAUGUGGCCUUGCGCAAAAUUGCCAACUUGCUGAAGCCAGACAAAGAGAUCGUGCAGGAUGGCGACCACAUGAUCAUUCGAACGCUGAGCACUUUCAGGAACUAUAUCAUGGACUUCCAGGUUGGGAAGGAGUUUGAGGAGGAUCUGACGGGCAUAGAUGACCGCAAGUGCAUGACCACGGUGAGCUGGGAUGGGGACAAGCUUGAGUGUGUGCAGAAAGGUGAAAAGGAGGGACGUGGCUGGACCCAGUGGAUUGAAGGUGAUGAGCUGCACCUGGAGAUGAGAGUGCAGGGAGUGGUCUGCAAGCAAGUAUUCAAGAAGGUGCACUGAAGCCUGCGGAGACCUGUGGAUCUGGAGGAAUGAGCGGCGUGGACCCUUGGGCCAGGAUCCCCUUCUUUGCUCAGCAUGGGGCUGAAAUGUCCAGCCACCCGCAGGCACCUGUUAGCAGAGGCACUCUCUCGGCUUUGUCUCUUUUUUCUUUUCCUUAUAACAAAGCCAUCCCAAUAAAAGUGAUUUCUCCUCCAGA